GAGCGGGCUGGGCGCCGGCGGCGGCAGCAACGGGGGCGGGCACGGCCGGCAGGGGGGUGCAGCGGCGGCGGGGGCAGCAGGGCAAAGGCUACGUGUGGCGGGCCGGGCACAGGGCCCCCGCGGCCGCGGGCGGGGCCGGCGGAACCAUGACAGUGGCAGCCCACCCCGUCGGCCAGGGCAGCGAGGCGCCGAAGGCGCAGCCGAGGGCGAAGGCGGCGGCCCCCGAGAUGAAGCGGAAGUCGGCGGCCGGCCGGGCGCAGCCGCCGUCGCCGCUGAAGGUGGCAGGGUCCCUCGCUCUCGGCUCCCAGGCGGGCGGCGCGGCGGCUGCGCCGAGGGCGUACGGCGGUGCCGCCAGGACGGGCGCGGGCAGGGCGCCCGCGGCGCCGCAGGCUGCCGAGGCACCUGGCGCUGCUACAGCAGAUCAGAAGCCCCGCGCGGCGCCGCUGGCGGUCGCGGCGCCGCCCUCCGCCGUCCCGACGGUGGCGACCCCCGAGGUGCUUGACACCCUGAUGGCGCCGCCUGGCGCGCUGGCGCUGCCUGUCCUGCCACUGCCGGCGCAGGCCGGCCGCGCGGUGCCCCCACCCGCGGCGAGGGGUCGCAAGCGAGCCUUCUCGAAGGAAAUGACGCAGAGGGUGGUACGAGCGGCCCUGAAGAGACCUGCAGCGGCAGGGCUGCCCGAGAGCACGAGGUGCCCGUACGAAGCCCUCGUACGAGGCGCCGGCUCGAACGUCGAGCGGGCGCAGAGGUCGGUAUUGCGCGCCUUCUUCGGUACGCAGAGCCGGGCGGACGGCUGCAAGGCCGUGGUUUCAGCCCUGCUGGCCGCGCUGCUGCUCGUGGUGACGGCCCCAGGUGGGACGCUGGCGGAGAGGGUCGACCGGAUGCACUGCCACGGUGGGCACAUGCGGCAGGAUAGUUCGUACCAGGGCCUCAAGAGGCUGCUCGCUGGCCAUCCGUGCCCUGAUGCAGGAUGA